AUGUCGUCCAAGACCUUCACUUUUUACACCAGCCCCACGCCCAACGGCAAGAAGGUCUCCGUGUACCUUGAGGAGCUCAAGGCUGUAUACGGCAGCAAAGUCGACUAUGAGGUUCGCAAGAUCGAUAUGUCUAAGAAUGAGCAGAAAGAAGAGUGGUUCAUCAAGAUCAAUCCGAACGGGAAGAUUCCUGCCUUAGUCGAUCACGCUCGCGGUGACUUCGUCAUUUUUGAGUCGGCUGCCAUUCUUCUCUACCUCGCACAGCACUACGACACCGAGAACAAGCUCAGCUUUGACGGUGUUAAACAACCGAACGACUACAGCGAGGCGUUGCAGUGGAUCUUCUUCGCUCAUGGUGGUGUUGGCCCUAUGUCAGGUCAAGCUGUCUUCUUCCACAGAUUCGCUAAGGAGGACAUUCCUCUUGGAAAGCAGCGCUAUCUCGACGAGACGAAGCGACUCUACAGCGUUAUUGAGCUCCGCCUCAAGGACCGUGACUACCUUGCUGGUCCUGGUCGUGGCCAGUACUCCAUCGCGGAUAUCAACGUCUUCCCCUGGAUUUUGGCUCGUGAUUUUGUCGGCAUUGAGUCCAUCGACGAGUUCCCAAACCUCGAGAAAUGGAUCGAGCGCAUCAAUGAACGCGUCGCAGUUAAAAGUGGCGUAGCAAUUCCAGCCUAGGGCAGAGUCUCAAAGGCUACGAGGCAGACAUCCAUAUACGAAUAAGUAAUGCGAACAAGCUUGGCUGAAUUCAAUGGAUUU